CACUGAUGAUUAGUGUGCCCUGAUGAUCUGUGUAGCCCCAGCAGUGCCACCUAUCAGUGCUGCCAUCAGUGCCACCUAUCAGUGUGCAUCAGUGCCGCCUAUCAGUGCCCCUCAGUGCUGCCUAUCAGUGCCACCUAACAGUGCCAAUCAGUGCCACUUAACAGUGCCAUCAGUGCCGCCUAUCAGUGCCGCCUAUCAGUGCCAUAUUCAGUGCUGCCUUUCAGUGCCCAUCAGUGAUGCAUGUCAAUGCCCAUCAGUGCCACCUACCAGUGCCUCCCUAUCAUCAGUGCCCAUCAGUGUCCACCUAUCAGUGUCCAUAAUUAAAUACAAUGUAGCCUAUCAGUGCCCAUCACUGCAGCCUCAUUAGCGCACAUCAGUGA